AUGAGGAUCAUGUUCUGGUUUUUAUCACUUCCCACCCUUCUGUGUGUGGUGACAGUGUCCUUCUCAGAACCCACAACCUGUGAAGAUGCCCAGAAGGCCUGCUCAGUGAUUGCCUGUGGCAUCCCGGUUACCAAUGGCACCCCAGGCAGAGACGGGCGAGAUGGAGCCAAGGGAGAAAAAGGAGAACCAGGGCAGGGGCUCCGAGGCUUGCAGGGUCCUCCAGGGAAACUGGGGCCUCCAGGAAGUAGAGGGGCUCCUGGGCCGCCAGGAGUGAAGGGCCAAAAAGGAGAUCCUGGAGACAGUUCAGCUAUGGAGACAAAGUUGGCUAACUUAGAGAAAGAGCUGAGGAGCUUGGAAACAGAACUGAACCACAUCAAAAAAUUGCAAGCCUUCUCCUUGGGCAAGAGAUCUGGAAAGAAGCUCUAUGUGACCAACGGUGAAAAGAUGCCUUUUUCCAAAGUGAAGGCUCUGUGCACUGAGCUCCAGGCCACCGUGGCCACUCCUAAGAAUGCUGAGGAGAAUAAAGCCAUCAUGGAAGUGGCCAAGGACCAUGCCUUCCUGGGCAUCACAGAUGAAGCGACGGAAGGCCAGUUUGUUUAUUUGACAGGAGGGAGGCUGACCUAUAGCAACUGGAAGAAGAAUGAGCCUAAUAACUUUGGCUCAGGGGAGGACUGUGUGAUCCUUCUCAAGGAUGGGGUGUGGAAUGACAUCUCAUGCUCUUCCUCCCACGUGGCCGUCUGUGAAUUUCCAGCCUGA